UUAUAUACUUCUGCAUUAUCGCAUGAAGAAGCAAGUAUGAAGAUUACAUUAUAUACUUUGUCAUAGAUUUUAUUUCUCGAAUAGAUUUUUUUUCGAGUGCCCCAAUAUAAUGAUUAUCGUGACGAAAAGUGCACCCCGAAUGAUAGUCAUAAAAAAUAGCAAUAAAUUGAAAUGUUUUUUGGUGUAAUAAUCGAUAAUAAAUAUCCACACUCUUAUUUUUACCUGAAAAGCCCAUGUGGUGAGGAAUAACAGUACUACCGAAGGCGCGAAUCACUGGAGACGUUCCAUAAAAUACCGUUACCACGAGUUGCAGUAUGUUGGAAGCCGAAGAAACACUCGAGGGGAACACGUACCCAAGAGCAGAAGUGAGCAGAAGUGAGCAGAAGUGAGCAGAAGAUUCGUCGCAUGCGUCAGUUGUGCUCUGCCUUGCCUCCACCUCCUGGUGCCUUCCACACAUCUCCAACAACUAGUACUCAAGUUUUCAGUGACGUGUUCACCAUUCAAACUUAUCUGCUUCACCAUGUCUCAUUAACUACCCGAUAAUUCCGCCCCUUGCGUUGGAUUCAAUUCUUCAUGGAAUUAUCCAACUCCAAUUACCCCCGGGUUCAAGUGCUAUUCAUUCAUUAUUUCAUUGUUUUUAAUAGUUAACGACGUAUUUUUGUCGCUCCAGUUACGAUGCUCUGGUUCUCUUCUUGGACAUAAUUAGUCUUGGUGCCGGAUUUGUUGCUGUGGAUAUUGAAAAUGUGUAUCGUGUGGUUAUCAGUGGAUUUAUCAAGUUUCAAGUGACAAAAUGAAUGGAACAACUCAUGCUGCAUCGACAUCCUGGAGUGCAGAGGAAGUCUCUGCGAUGCGAUGAUUGGAGUAUCGAAUACCUGAGCAACUCAAAUUGCGGGGGAUAAAUAAAACAUGAAAAUGUCUUGCUCGGAGGAGAGUUUCCGGUUGAAUGAUGUGGCAUCAGUUUGCUCGAUGCGAAGCAAAGCUAGGAUUGAUGCCCUCUUUGAGGACACUCGAUCCAUCUGCAGCUCUACCUACUCAGGAUGGUACGCGAGUGCUCGGGGAUGCUCCAUCAAUCAUGAGGACACCAACACUGAUGGCAUCAAGAGGGCCAAUUGUGCUGUCCAAGCGAGGAUCGAAGCCAUGUUUGCAUCGGUUGAAGCUGAAACUGGAAGAGCUGGUGAAUGUGCUGCUGCUUUUCUUCCGGUGAAAUACUUGGGUGCAGCUCCAGUAGGAGGUCGUGUCUCGAGUAUUCGAGGUCUCCAGGAGCCGCUGCGCCAGCUCCUGGCGCGUCUGGACACAGCCAUGUCCGCAGAACUGGAGAUUUCCCGAAGAGGCUUGACUUUCCGCACUAUCGAAAAUUUCGAGAAGACCAACCCCUUCCGCAGAAUCGCAGUCUGGAGUGCUCUGAAGUUGCGUUCCCGAUCAAAGAGCCGUGAGAAUCCCUUGGAGAUCCAGCACGCCUUCCUUCCCCUGGUCGCCGACGACUCGUCCCCCCAGUCCGACGAUAAAUACUCAGAUCUCUACAGAACUAUGCGAGGUCUCGACUCAAAUGUCGCAAAAUAUCCCCCAAUCUUUGCAGUGAUCAUGAGACGUCCUGGGGCAGCUAGAGUCCUGGAAUGUCACGCAUUCGCUUGCAAAACCGAGGAAGAUGCAGUGGCUGCAGCUGCGACCCUCUACCGAGCUCUUCUAACCGAUCUUGACUCGAAUCGUCGACGACCGAGACAAUCCAACGGUCUGGGCUGUGCAAGUCUAGCAUCAGUGGCAUCAAGCUACAUGGACCACUCAAUCCUCAGUAAACUGGAUUACAACAUUCCACCACAAUCAUCCUCUCAGCCAAUUCGUCCACCCAGGACCAAAAAACUGUCGACCUCUGGUUCAACCACCGACGGAGGCUCCUCCAUCAUCGAGACUAAAAUCCCUAGGAGAAAGAAACUGUCUGAAAUCAAACCAGAGGACAUCCUCGAAGCCAGGAAACGAAGAAGUCUAGCUGAAGACUCUAGAAGUGUCUUGCAAGAGUUGAAAGACGACAGAUCAGUAGUUUCAGUGACUAGCACCAACAGAAGCUCAAAGGGGCGAACUUCCAGGAAUAGAAACGAAGAGAUAAACAACAUGAAGAACAAGUUGUACUCUGGGAAUAAUUUAAUCGUGCGAACCAAUGACGAGAAUGUCAUUUACUCCAGAAAAAUCAACAGCUACGAGAAGACUCCGAGGAAACAGAAAACGUUUAUGUCCGAGAGAAAUUACUCGUUUGUUGAGAAUAAUGGGAGCAUUGUUGGAGAAGUAGUGGUGACCACUGAGGCCCAGCUUUAUGACAAGAACCGGGGCUCUUUUGAUCUCGUAAAAAGCUCAUCGAUUUAUUCUGGUGGUUCUGAACAUCCUGGGAGUGAUAUUGGAUCCAAGAGCUGCGACAAUUCAAUCUAUGAGCGACCCGUUGAGAGGAAACGAAGCACCAGGGAGAAAUCUUACGAAGAACAUUUCAAAGAUGCUGAUAAAAUAUUCAGUAUUGAGGAGAUGCAAUCGACCGGGAAGAAACAUCAAGCGAGAGGUCAAGCUCCUCAGAGCAAAAUUAAUAUGCCUAAAAUCAGUAGUAAGGAUCCGGAUUUCAAUGCUCGUGCUAGAAAUGGAAUGCAGAAUGGAGGGAGUCAUUGUGAGAGUAAGAGGAGUCAGAAUGAGAGGAGUUCGAGGAUCGAUGAGUUCGCCAGGGGUCAGGGCACUUGCGAUGAGAAAAUCAAGAGCAAUUGCGGACAUGCCAGGGAACGGAAGAAAAGAAACAGGGCUGGGAGUGAACCACCCUUGAGCAGGACUGAGGAUGCCAGUAAGAAAUUAGAGAUGAAGCUAAAGAGGUCGCAGAGCGAUCUCGAGGAGAGGGGAGAUCUCAUGACCAGGGUGGAAUUACCUAGGAGGAGUAGCUUUCUUAAACCAGGAGCUCCCAGAUUGCCUAAUAAUGUUAAUGGAGGGACUCCACUUGGUUUUACUGAAUUAUUCGAUGAAUUUAGGAAUCAGGAGGGACUCACUAGUGUUGAUGAUAUUUUAGCUACGAUUAUAGAUCCUGAGGGAAUGUCCUUUAAUGAGCUCAAACCCCUCUACAAAGAAUUCCUUCUGAAACUGGCAUCGACAUUAACCCAAGACGAACUGUAUCAACGUUCAGCGAACAUAAUGAAACGCCGGAGAAGACCCUCCCGAAGACGAUCGAUGAGAAAACCCUGUCUCCUGGGGCGGGCAAUUAAGAGAUCCGUAUCGAAAAUCAAGACUGGUCCAACCGAGUUCACUUCUGUGAUUUUCCCAGCGAGAAAAUUCAAUGAAAGUUUCGACAGCAGUUCUUCCUGCGAUGCGAGGAAUAAUAGGAGAGUGUUGGCCAGUCGGUUGAGCAGGAGGAGAUCCUCCUGGAAGAGGGCAAAGGGAUUGACUACUUCAGAAGACAGUGACACAGGUCGACGUGUAGGUCGAAGUACUGGGGCAGGGGCUAAUCGGAGUAGCAGUGGUUACGUAAGCUGCAGUGAAUGCAGCUACGACUCUGAAUCUUGCACCUGCAUAUCAGCAGACAAAUGUUACUGUUCAUUACCCAGAAGAUCACCACCCCAGAGUUCAAGUAACAAUGCAAUUGUUUGUGGUUGCGACACCGACAGCUGCUCAGAAAGCAACAAGUGUUACUGCGCUCGACGUACAGUUCAGCCCAGUAUUAUGGAGCAAUUGAGACAACGUGGGAUUGUUCCAUCAGAGGGUACAUUGUCAAGAGGUGGAAGUCCCGAGAGGAACAAAGUAGCAAAGUCCUCCAAGGGUCAAACAUCAUCCAGAAGUCUCGAUUACACGAACAUGAGACCAUCGCCAGGCAGGAGCAGCUCUGACAAUUUGGCAUUGGAUUACGAGCUCUUCAGCCCUGGAAAAAAGUCCCAGUGCUCUGCAGGUAGUGAAAAAGUACUCGUCGUGAGUGCCAGAGAUCCUCAGGGACGAUUGGUGUACGUCGGUGGGGCUGAGAGGAAGAAGAAAUCUUCGGUCAGUGGAGCUCACAGGACUGGAGCUCAUCAUGAGGCUUUGUCCAUUAAAAAAAGUGCUGAAAUCGCUGCAGUUUUUGGGGGCUCUGCUGCCAGAAGCUGCAGAAGGGCCGGCAGUUUCUCCAGCAUGCGAAGCUCCAUCAGCUUAGAAGCUGGACUGGGAUAUUUACCCUAAUCGACUUAUGCAUCACCAUUAUUAUCAUUUUCCAGUGACAAACACGUGAGGAGAUAAUGAUUUCACGAAAACCUAGAGGGUAAAGAGGCAAACUGAAUUUUUAAUCAAUGUCACGUUCUCGGCGUAACUCCAUACAACAGCUUAUUCCAGAGUUAUGAAUAUUUUUUAAUGUCUAAAAUAUCCAGUUUGCACCAUUUUCCUCUACCGAUUACGUUACAAAUAUUUUUGGAGAAAAGUACCUGCAAACGUAAGAUUAGUGUUUCGACUAAAGUUUGUGGCUAAA